UGAAUUUUUUUUUUUGGGCGCUGCACGGCUAAAACCCAAAACCCUUUCAUCAUCAUCUUCUUCUUCUUCCAAUUCGGCUUUUGAAUCGCACAGCUGCCUUCCUUAAACUCUGCAGCCCUGAAGUUAAACCCAGAAAGAAGCAAUUAAAACCAUGUCGGAAGGAACUCAACACCAGCAACAAGAGCGGGACAAAGAUGAUGCUGAAGUUGUAUCUCUCAGUGAUGCUUCAGACAUCUGCGCCCAACUCAUGGAGCGCUAUUCCAAGUCCUCCGCUCCACAGCACAGCCAUCUCCUCGCUUCCGCCGUCGCCAUGCGCUCCAUUCUCGAGUCCGAGUCCCUCCCCCUCACCCCCGCUGGAUACUUUGCCGCCGCUAUUUCCGCCAUUGAUAAUGCUUCGGUUUCCGACGCCUUGGACCUUACUGCCUUAUCUGCUUUGUUGUCCUUUUUAGCCAUUACACUUCCCUUGGUGCCGCCUACGGGAAUUUCUGCGUCUAAUGCAAGCGAAGCGGUGGGUGUACUGGUGGUACUAUUGGGAAAGAAGAGCUUGACUGUGUCCACCGUGAGGGCUGCAGUGAAGUGCUUGGGGAUUUUGUUAGGAUUUUGUAACUUGGAGGAUUGGGGCUCGGUUCAGUUAGGCUUUGAUACUUUGCUGAAGUUUUCGGUUGACCGGCGUCCCAAGGUUCGACGUUGUGCCCAAGAUUCGCUUAUUACGUUUUUGAAUUCUUUGAAGGAUUCUGCUAUCAAGAAAGAGGCUAGCAAAUUGGUUUUUUCUUUUCUGGAAAGCUGCAUGCCCUCGGCAAUUAAAUUAAGCACCAGCAGCCGUAUUGAUGGGCGUGAGGUAGAUAAUCAGUCAAAUGAUCAACAUCUUGAUGUCCUUCACAUGCUGAAUGUGAUCACUCUAGCUAUUCCAUUACUAUCUAAAAAAGUUCGUUUGAAAAUGCUUAAAGAAUUAAUUAAACUUGUAAAGCCACGUUACUCGGUAGUUACAGGGCACAGUUUCAAAGCUAUCGAACUUAUUCUUAAAUCUUCAAAAGCUGGAGUUUUCGCUUCGGAGGUUGAAAGCAUUAUUGUUUCAAUUGGCUCAUACCUUUCUUUGGGAGAUGCGAACCCCUUGGACACUGUGCUUACUGCUGCCACGUUGUUGAAAUGUGCCAUGGAUGCAGGAGGUUCUAGCAUAGCGAUCAGAAAUCUUCCUGUAGUUUGUGGUUAUAUGACAGGCCUUUUGACUUCCGAUGCAAGUAAGGCUUUACAUGCUUCUGGUAUAUUGAAGGAGUUAAUACAGGAUCAUGUGGAUCAAGAAUGCUUGAUCGGUAAAGAUCCUUGUCUAGACGACUGCAACCUGGAGAGCAUUGAAGUACAAGCCAUAAAAUCAACUUGUGGCGUUUUUGAGGAUGUUCUGAAUAGUUAUGAUGGAGAUCUUGGGAAAUAUAUUAUUGAUGUCAUAUCUGAUCUGUUUCUCAAACUAGGAACAACUUCUUUCACCUAUAUGAAGCAUAUUUUGCUCAAACUUGCUCAUUUGAGAAAUAGUGCAGGGAAUAUAUCUCAUGUUGAUAAUCUUCAGAACUGUGUAGGAUCUGCUGUAACUGCUAUGGGACCUGAGAAGAUACUUACUCUUAUUCCUAUAUCCAUUAAUGCUGGUGACUUAACCGUGCAGAACAUGUGGUUGAUACCAAUUCUACAAAGUCAUGUUACUGGAGCAUCACUUGGGUACUAUCUGGAAUAUAUUGUGCCCCUUGCAAAAUCAUUUCAGCAUGAAAGUUGUAAAGUUAAGAAGGCCGCGACAAGAAAAAAUCUGCAGACAUGUGCCCAUAAAUUAUGGAGAUUACUGCCCGCAUUUUGUCGCCAUCCUAGUGAUAUGCACCAAAGUCUUGGAAUGCUUACUGAACUUAUUAUUACACUUCUUAAAGAAGGCUCCUUUAUGCAUGAAGAUAUAGCUGUUGCCUUACAGAUCCUUGUGAAUAAUAACACAGUUGCACCAAAUUCCAAUGAAGCAUCUGCUUAUUCAAAGAAAACGGCAAGCAAGAACAGGAAGGCGUUGGUAUUAUCUUCAGCUAAGUUGCUUCAGCCUCUAGCUGAGUUAUUUGUUGGUUCUGUACCAACAAUGCGCUCACAUUUGAAGGAUACAAUUGGAUGCUUGGCUUCCAUCACGGACUCUAGGAUGACCAAGAAUGUUUUUGUGUCACUGCUUGAGAGGUUUCAGUUUCUGAAUACCAAGGGUGAGUUUGAGGAGCCAAGAGCCAACGCUGAUGAACUAGCUCAGAAUGCUGAAGGAAAUUCUGGGACAAGAGAGAUUGAUCGUCAAAGAUGUGUAAUGUUGGAGCUAGCUUCAGCUAUCAUUAGGGGAGCUGAGGAGGAUUUAAUUGAUCUAAUCUAUAAAUUUGUUAAGGUUUCUUUUCAGGCAUCUUAUGAGCUGGGCCAUGUUGAAGCGUAUCAAACUCUGAGCAGAAUUCUGGAGGAACAUGCUUGGUUUGCUUCUUCUAGAUUUUCUGAGCUGGUAGAAAUGUUAAUUGAUCUGCAAUCUCCUGCUGAUACUUCAUCUCAAAGAAGUCGGUUUGCUUGUUUUCACAUUCUUCUGGUUCAUUCAUUAAAGGUUAACAUUACCUCAGAGGAGGAGAGCAGCAAGGCUUUUCUUAUGCUCAACGAGAUCAUAGUUGCAUUAAAAAGUGCAGAGGAAGACAACAGGAAAGCAGCUUAUGAUGUACUUCAUUGUAUCAGUUCCAACCUAAAAGAUUUGUCACUUGCGAAUUCUGAUGUACAUAAAAAGUUUGUGGCCAUGAUAUUAGGCUAUCUGUCUGGUGCAUCUCCUCAUGUAAAGAGUGGAGCGAUCUCUGCACUCUCAGUGCUGGUCUAUGAAGACGCAGAUAUAUAUCUUUCAAUCCCUGAUCUUGUGCCCUCCCUCUUAUCUUUGCUACAAGGAAAGGCUAUAGAAGUUAUAAAGGCAGUGCUAGGGUUUGUGAAAGUUCUGGUUUCUUCUUUGCAAGCUAAAGAUCUUCAGAGCAUCGUUUCUGAUAUUCUUUUAGCAGCGCUACCUUGGUCAUCUGUCUCAAGGCAUCAUUUUCGAUCAAAGGUCACAGUAAUUCUGGAGAUUCUCUUACGGAAAUGUGGUUAUGCUGCAAUUGAGGGUGAUAGUCCGGACAAAUACAAGGGUUUCAUCAAGUCUCUUUUCGAGAAACGCCAUAAUAAGACCAGUUCCAAGGAUGCUGAAGAUGCUAAUACAGAUGUUGCAGAUUCAUCUUCUAAUGGGGUAAGAGAUAAGCAACAUGACGGGUUGGAGACUGCGCCCAAGAAAAAUGUAGCUGGUCAAUACAGAAAAAGGAAGUGGGAAAAACCUUCUGGUUUCAUCGGGAGAAAAAAUGAUGAUGUAUUCACUGAAGAUGGUGAUAGAUCUAAGAUGAUAAAAAGAGCUGCAAUCUCCAGUAGUAAGAGGAGUUCGACUACGGAUGGUUUCGGAGACAGUCGUAGAGCAGAUUUUUCGAGGCAUGAUGCUCCUGGAAAAGCUCAACAGAGAGGAAACAAAUCUGGAAACAAGCAUCAGAAAGAAAGAUUUGGUAAGCCUGUUAAAGCUUCAAAAUUUUAUCACAAGAGUUCUAGAUGAUUGGGGAUCGUAUUAGUUGGGUAUCUCGAAAAGGGAAGAAAAACUGUUCUUACGAACCGGAAGACACAUAGCACACCAGGGUGCUGCAGUUUUGAAACAGAUAGGAAAUGCAUAUGAGCAAAGCAGGUCCUUGUUGUAGGAUUGUUUACAGGAGAAGAGGAACUUCAAUGCCAUCUUCUAAACGUCUUAAGUGAUGGGCGGAUGUUCAAACCAUUGUCUCAAAACAGGGAAGUAUACAUGUCUUGUUGAGUUUUGUUUGGGCAAAUCCGGGGGUACCUUUGCUUAUAUUGUAAUGUUAUUGGAUUUUUUUUUCUUUCAAAUAUAGCUUUAAAUGUAAGAUUGAUUGGUAUUCAAUUUAAUUGGUUAUGAGCGUAGAUUUUGAUGGGAA